GAAAUCGUUAUCAUCAGAAAACAGGAGUCCAAGAAAAAACUCUCAGCAUUAGAAAACCCCCCCAAAAGAAAAAGGAACGAACCAAACCCUACCCUUGGGGUUCUCAGAUGCCGCCAAGAUGAGAUCUCUCCCGAUUCCCAUCAUAACAUAUAUUCUAGAGCUCUGGGCACCACCGCUCGACCGCCCACCGACGCAGCUGGUCUCGACGACGCCGGCGGUGGUGGCGCAGCAGCUGCCGGUGCCGAACGCAGCAGCGGCAUCGUCGACGUCAGCACAGCAUGGCGCAGCAGCAGCAGCAGCAGCAGCAGUGGCGGCGGACGUCAACUUUACGCUGCCGCGGGUGGCCGAGAGCAAGGAGCUGGGCAUCGCCGAGGACGUCAUGCUGAACCGGGACUCGUGCAACUCGGCGCGCCUGGCCAACCGCACGCUGUGGACCUGCCGCGACACGCAGUGGGUCAUGGCCAACGGCCUGCCGCAGCUCGCCAUCUUCAGCAGCACGGCCAGCUGGACCGACGACGGGGAGCCGCUGCGCAUGUACGGCGACCAGGACGGCCGGGCCUUCUUCCCCCUGCUGGACGGCAACUGCAACGACAGCCAGGCGGGCAUGUGCGGCGACGGCACUCGGUAUUCCAUCUGGCCCGACAGCCCGCCGCUGGUGGUCGAGGACGAGGACGACGGAGCAUCAUCCAGCGCCCGCGUCGUGUCCGCCUACACGUGGGUCAAAAAGUUCCGCAUCGACGAGAAGCUGCAGACCUCGGACCCGGACCCGGCCUCGACGCUGUACCGCAUCGACUACGACGUCAGCAGCGGGGCCGGCAACCGAUCCGCGCUGCCGCACGUGGCCGUGGUCAACGAAUCCUUCUACCCGGCGCGCGGCGUGUCGUACGGCAACUACGGGCACGUGACGCGCAACGGCACGGCGUACCUGUACGGGCAAAUGUCCAACGGGCGCGUGUCGCUGGCGCGGACGCGGGCGACGCGGGCGGCCAUCGAGGACCAGUCGACGUACGAGUACUUUACGCUGGGGCGGUGGACCGACGUGAAGCCGCCGCCCGACGCCGUCGAGAAGACGGGCUGCUGCGAGAUCCCCAACGCGUCCGCCGGCGGGCAGGGGACCUACUUUUGGUCCGACCGCUGGCGCCGCUACGUCUGGGUCGGCCAGGCCGGCUUCAACGUCGCCCCCGACUUUUACAUCACCACCGCCCCCGCGCCCGAGGGCCCCUGGGACAAGCCCGUCAUGUUCUACAAGGGCGUCGGCGGCAACUACUCGCUGAGCGCCUACAGCCUCCAGGCGCACCCCGGUGUGGUGCUGGGCGACGCCGGUGGUGGUGGGGACUGGAACGGCGAGGAGAUGGUCCUCUCGUACACCAAGAACGAUGUGGUUUAUGUGAACGCCGAGGUGUUUUUGAACGUCUACACCACACCUGUGGUCAGGGUGCGGUGGGAGUAG